AUGGCUCUACCGUCGCCACCCCCAAACGCACCCGUCGGUCCAAGAGGCUACAAGCGUCCGCCACUGUCAGGUCGUCGCUGCCGCAUCUGUGAUCGCCUUCUCGAAGCCGACGACAGGGAGUUGUGCAAGCACUUUCAAACACAGAAUGCCAAACCCGCCAUUCCUCUCAGCGACAUCGACUACAACAACGAGUGGGGCGCCUAUCUCGGAGACGUAGGUGAGGAGAACAUCGCGCUCAGGAAGGCGCUUGAGGAUCGGAGGAGGAGAAUGCCACUCGCAACUCGAUCGGAGGUCGCGCGUUCGGUGGAGAGUCGGUGGAAUGCGCAGAUUGCUGGGGCUACCCACGAAGCCAUGGCAAAACCGGCGGAGGAGCAGCAGCCAUUGCCACAGAUAAUGGCGUGGAUUGGGGAGUUGAGGCGCUUGAUCGGGGCGCUUGAGGCCGAGGAGGAGCAAGAGAGACGGAAGAAACAGCUUGACGAGGACUUCGACAAAUUCAUGAGGGAGACGGGGGGGUCGGGCAAGUAG